CGAAUGAUGAAGGAUAAUAUGGCACAUCUUGUUUUUUUUAUACAUCAUGACCUAAUCCUAACCUACAAAAAGUAAGGGUAGUGAUGUACACAAUGAAUUUCUCCGUGUUGCAUCGGUUUUUUCAUUUUCCAAAAAGCUCCAUAAUUCCGAUUCAAUAUACGAUACAAACGCAAAAUUAUGCUGGACCAGUCCGGUCGGGAGUGAAAAAAACAAAGAAAACAACAGUAGUUACAUUGGAAAAAAAAUUAUUACCUGUAGAAAAAGAUGUUAACAGACUUGUGACUUAUGUGUGUGGCACAAAUAUUAACAAGGAGGGAGAAGAUAUUAAAAUAAAGGAAGAUUCUGAAUAUCCUAGCUGGUUGUGGACCAUUAGAACUGGUCCUGCGCCAACAUUGGAAGAAUUAGAUCCAGAUACAAAACAGUAUUGGAGAAAGCUGCGAUUACUUGGAUUGAGAAGAAACAAUAAAGAACGUGCAACUAGGAAGUUUUAAUUUACGUUAUGACAAAUGUAUUCCAUAUAUGUACAGUCGUAAUAUACACAGCAUUGUUGAAUAUUACUUUUAUAUUGUAAAUUAAUAUAAAGGUGUCAAAAUAAAGAUAAUAGUUGUCAUUUGUUCA